UAAUCAUAAUCAUAAAGCCUGACAACACUCAAGACCACAUUGACCGCAGCGUCAGCAAAGGGGCAAACAAGUUUUAACUACUACACGACGCAUAAGUGAAAUUAAAUCGACUAAACUUGGAGCCUCUCUGAGAGCUAGGAGGGGGGGCGGCGAAAGGGGAUAAAGCAGCUGGAUAAAGCAGUCCUCCAAAAUCCACUCUGGCCUCUCCCAAAGCUUUCACCAACACUUCUGGAGCCUCCGCUGUAGGAUAUCAGCCAGGCUCUUGUGACCUCCUCCAAGCCUGAAACUCACCUGUGGAGCCGACAACCUCUCCAUCCUUGAGGAGGAGGAAGUGGCUGAGCCCAUGGCUUUGUGUCUCGGUCAGGUGUUCAGUAAAGAUAAAACCUUCAGGCCACGGAAACGUUUCGAACCCGGCACCCAGCGCUUUGAACUGUACAAGAAGGCCCAGGCCUCGCUCAAGUCCGGUUUGGACCUGAGAAAAGUGGUGCAACUACCUGAGGGCGAGAGCCUCAACGACUGGAUCGCUGUGCACGUGGUGGAUUUCUUCAACAGGAUCAACCUGAUCUAUGGCACGGUCAGCGAGUACUGUACUGAGCGCACCUGUCCCAUCAUGUCCGGGGGGCUCAGGUACGAAUACAGGUGGCAAGAUGGGGAUGACUACAGGAAACCCACCAAGCUGCCCGCUCUGAAGUACAUGAACCUGCUGAUGGACUGGAUAGAGUCGCUCAUCAACAAUGAGGACAUCUUCCCCACCAGAGUAGGUGUUCCUUUCCCCAAGAAUUUCCAGCAGGUGUGCAAGAAGAUUCUGAGCCGGCUCUUCAGGGUGUUUGUGCAUGUUUACAUCCAUCACUUUGACAGCAUCUGCAGCAUGGGUGCAGAGGCCCACAUCAAUACCUGUUACAAGCACUACUACUUCUUCAUCUCUGAGUUCAAUCUCAUCGACCACUCCGAACUUCAGCCCCUGAAAGAGAUGACAGAGAAGAUAUGCAAUUAAAUUGCAAAGUUGAAGAGAAAUGUUCACCUCUAUGGACUCAAAACAAAGUUUUUUCACAUAAAUGUGUACAGUAUG